AUGGUGCACCCCGAUGUUUUCCCCCAACAAGUUGUUUCUCAGAAUGUCCAAGGUGUUGUUGUGAAGCGGAUAGAUGUUGACAACCAAUUUAAAAGCGAGCAAAAGUUUGAAUCUCGUGAUCAAAUGCUUCAAUGGAUUCGUAUGGAGGCUUCCAAACUUGAAUUUAGUGUGGUUAUCGGAAGGUCCGAUAAUGGUUCGGAUAGAAGAUGCGCUUUUGUGACAAUGACGUGCGAAAGAAGCGGGAAAUAUAGAACUCCUCUUUGGAAUUUUAAAAGAGACGACACCGAUUCAAGAAAAUGUAAGUGUCCCUUUAAGGUGUGUGGUUACAUGUUGGAAAAUAAAAACUGGAGAUUUAAUGUCAUAUGUGAUUUGCAUAACCAUGAUUUGUGUGAAAAAAUAGUCGGUCAUCCUAGUGUGUGUCGGCUCAUGCCGGAAGAGAAUGAAUGUGUUGUUGACAUGACAUUGAAUUUGGUUCAACCGAAAAAUAUACUUGCAACAUUGAAAUGA